AUGGCAAAUAGAGAGAGACAACCAAAUGAUAUUACUAUAGAACCAGAAAAUCACAAUAGAGAAGUACAAAAAAGUGGAACAGAUGUUAAGAAUUUAUUAGAUGAAAACACGAAAAAACGAGUCAAUGCAAGAUUAUCCUUUGGAACCCUUGUUUAUGAUUCAAGACGUAGAACAAUUCUUGACCGGGAUGCACUUAAUUGGAUUAAAUUAUCAAUUUUUUAUGCAAUAUUCUUUUGCUUUUUGGGGUGUUUUUUUGUUGGUUUAACUUAUAUUUUUGCUUCUCGGCUGGAUCGGACUCAACCAAGAUAUUUUAAUACCGAAAGUACAAUGGCCGUUCGAAGUACCAAUGCUAUUGUUGGAAUGGGUUUUCGACCACAGCCGUCGACUUCUGAAAGUCUUGUACGAAUAACAAAUAACUCAACACAACAACAACAAAUUGCUUCGUCGUUAGAAUUGUUUCGAAAUGUUUUUCUUCUACAAAAUCAAGAUGCUAAAACCGAAGAAUGUUCUGUAGAUAAACCAGCAUCUAAACUACAAUCUGGUGCAGCUUGUUCGUUUAAUUGGUAUCAUAUUGUUAACAAUGAUAAUCAUCCGUGUUCAGAUAAAAAUCUGUAUGGCUUUAAGUAUGAACAGCCAUGUAUUCUUGUUAAACUUAACAAAGUUUACGAGUGGAAACCUAUAAAAGGUGUUUUACCAUUGCAUAUUCAAGAACUCCGAGGAGUUUUUAGUGAUAAAAGUACAUCGAAUUGUGACGUGUAUGUGACUUGCGCAGGAACCCAUCCUGCAGAUGAAGACGUACUAACAAAUGUGACUUAUUAUUCAUUGAAUUAUCCAGUGGGUUCAUCUAAAUUUGGUGUUAUACCAAAUUAUUUUUUUCCAUUUCGUAAUGCAAAAGAUCAUGUUCAACCGUUUGUCUUAGUUCAAUUUAACAAACUACCAUUGUAUCGUCUUGUAAGUAUUACGUGUCGCGCUUGGGCACCUGGCAUUGAAUAUAAUGCAAGACGUAUGCGUGGUAUGGUUAAUUUUCAACUAUAUCGUACAUAUACAGAUAUGAAAUCGAAUGAUAGUGAUGUUCAUUAG